CAAGGCAGGAACUUUUGGGAGAAAAACAAAAGGACACCUCCUAAGGAGAGUGUGGAAAAUACUUUCUCCAUGGACCUAGCCAAGGAAUCCCUCCAGGCUGGGUUGGGCACAUAACACAAUUGCCUGUGCUUUCUUUCCAAAAGGAGAAGGUCGAAAAAGCAAGCAAGCAAGAAAAGAAAGACGAAAUCCACCACUCCAGGCUCAAUGCAGCCCUUCCUGUCAUCAUGGGAGACUAGAAUUCAAAGACCCAGCAUCCUUCCUACCCUUCUUUUGGCAUCGGCCCAUUGGGCCAGGGAUGCAUGGCUCCCAAGUCUUUUCUUGAUGAUCUCCUUGAAUUUUUCACACUUUUUAGGUCUCCUGGGACCAUGUGGCUUUGGGUUCUGCUUCCUGUGCUACUGGCCGCGGGCGGGAUCAUCGGCUUCUGGGUCGUGUUUGCCAUGGCAGUUGCAAAUGGCUCCGUAAACAUCACAGAAGCAUUUCCAUAUAUCAGCACCUGUGGCGCAUACCCACCCCAGAGCUGCCUAUUUGGUCAAGUCCUUAAUACAGGAUCAUUUCUAGGUGUAGUCAUCUGCUUUUUAAAGUACCAACAAGUGCGGGAUUAUGGCUGUCGCUCCCGUUUAAAUAUAAUUGGGCUUGUUCUAGGCAUAUUCUGUGCCCUUGGAGCAUCCAUGGUGGGCAAUUUCCAGCAAUACAACCAGCUGGAAACUCAUUUGUUUGGGGCCUUCUUGGCUUUUGUGGUAGGAAUCCUUUAUUUCUGGAUCCAGACUUUUCUAACCAAUCAAGUGAAACCAAGACAUGGAGGACGGUGGAUUGCAUCUCUUCGGUUCUCCCUCAGCUUCUGCGGCUCGGCCUUCCUCAUUGCCACGGUUUCACUUUUUUAUUUGAAACUCGAUUCUGAGUCGGCCUACUGUGAAUGGGCCCUAGCCAUGGACCUGUUCCUGCUCUUUGGCCUCUUUGCAGUGGACUUCUGGCACAUCGGCACCUGCUCAGUCCAUGUGCACCAUCAACGGGCGGACCAGGAAUCCCCAGACAUCCAGGCAUCAACGCAGACUCUAGCACUCUGA